GAGGUGAGAGAAAAUUUGGUUUUCUCUCUCAUGAGUGCUUUGUUUUUCAAUUCUUACCGUCCUAAAUCUGGCAACUGAGUAGGCCUGAAAAUCCUUUCUCUUUCUUGCUUCACAAAAUGUGUUCCAAAACAAAGCUCUCUCUCUCCUCUUCUCUCUCUAGAGACCCAACGACCCAAAACCGGAAAUGUGGUGUUACAGUUUCCGCCUCUUCCGAGCAUGUCAUGGAGCCCAAUAUAGAUCAUGAAAUUAAAACCGUAUCAGUGGCAGGUUUCUUCUUCCUCUCACCCCAAAAACCAUUACAAAAACAGGUAGUGGUAUCCACUUUUUCAUUGUGUUCCUCUCUCUCUCUUUAAACCAGGUACAUUAUCACCUGAAAAAAUCCCAGUAAAAACAAUUCACUGUUUCAUGAUCCUCUCUCUCUAUAACCCAGGUGAUACCCACCCAUUUUUCUCUCUUCUCUUGCAAAACCGGAAUACUCCACCAGCGAGAGAGACCCAUUUCUUUAGUUUUUUCUUGAGAUAGAGAAAGAGACACAUUUAUCUCUCUUCUGUUGUAGAGACCCAUUUUUCUUAGUAUUCUCUAAAGAGAGAAACCCCAUUGCUCUUCAUUAUCUCUUCCUACAACCAUGGGCUUUUCAGAAAGUCGACCACCAAAACCCAAUCCAGAAGUGAACGCUAAAAUCCGUUCUUCUUCUCUCUCCUCUCGGUCUCCCCCUUUCUCUCUAGAGUUUAGAGCUUCUGAUGAUGCAUGGUAUGAUGUCGAGCUCAGUCUCGAAAACGACGCAUUGUCUAUGAAAUUUUCUGUUGAUUUACCGGUGUUCAUGAAGUAUAUGGUUGAUUAUUUUGAAGAUUUAAAAAAAGUGAAUGAAUUCAGUGAGAGAUUCAGAGCUGUUUCUACUCAACUUCAAGAUGAAGAGUGUUGGACUGUGUUAGAUGGAAUGAUAGUUUGUGCUUCACAGGAUCUAGGCCAACAUGGAAGGAAGUUUUUCGAUGCUCUUAUUAAAAAGGUGAUCUGUGCUAGACAUACAUUUGUCGGUAGAGAGGAGAUCUGCAAGUGCACUUUUGAUGUUAUAUGGAAAGCAGGUCCACGAGCUGGGAAGAAAGGAUCUAUUCAUAUUGAGAAUAUUUGCAUCCUACAACCUGGCAAUGCGAAGAACAACCCAACACUGAAAUCUUUUCUCACGGCCUGUGAGAAACUUAUCAGCUCGAAGAAAGAAAUCCUGGAAACUGUUGAUGUAAAUAAUAUGGAUGGAAACUGUCAUGCGGACAGAAAUUUAGUGAAGAAUUACUCUUCCGCUGAGAAGACCGAGGACAAUGAAGAUUGUAAUAGAGUGAGUGUGUUUAUCAAAGCCCCUGAAGACUUACAUACAUAUUAUGCUAUCUUCAUUGAGAAUUUGGAGCCAGAUCUCACUGCUUCAGAGAUUGUGGAUUUCAUCUAUGAACAAACAUUUGUUUCUUGUCAAGCCUGUGUGUCCCCUAGCAUAUCGACAGAGGUUUAUGCAAUGGGAGCUAUUUUCUUGGAGAAGGAAAGGGAAUUCAAUUAUGUAUUUGGCUUUCUAUGUGAUCCUGGUCGCAUGAUCAUUUCACUGAAAGGAAGACCUUGGGUGAUAACCGAGAAAGAAUGUAGGUCAGGAACGCUUGGAAAUGCUUCUAUGUUCAGACUGUCAUCAUCUAAGGAGGAAAAUGGAGUAAUAAUAAAAAGAGAAAGUUGCAGCAAAUUAAAGAUUGUCCCAAAAGGUGUGGAAGAGUAUGAGAUAGGACUAAAACUGAAGGCAUUAUUCAUGGAGUUUCAGGAGCACUUGGGCCGCCUUCAUGAAAGACUAGCUAUGGAAGAGAAGAUGAUCAUGAUUUGAAAGGUCCAAUAGAUGCCACUAUAGGUAGAUACAUACAUGCAUUAGAUGCAUAAGUAUAUGGAUAUGUACAUACUAUGGACAUAGGCUCAUUUUUGUGCAUA